GGAAUUAUUUACCGCUACAACAGCAAUGUAACAGAAUCUGAAGUUGAAGUAUGUAUAAGACCUAGACCGGAUCGGCUCUUAAUUUCCUGUCAGAUGUUAGCCGAGCAAGGCUCUUUUCUAGAAGUCAAGAGCACUUUGUCGACUGUAAAACGGAUGCACAAUAUCCUGUCCAUUUCAGAUAAUCUCGAGGAGACAUUUCUCCUAACAAUUUCCAAACGUCCAAG